GUGGGCAAUGGCUUCAUGUUUAAGAACUACACUUUCCAAACCUCUUGUCUUCUUACAUACAUGGCAGCUAAUCGGCCUGAGUCUAAAUUCGCCCCCAGCUUGUGGGGUGAUCAGUUCAUCAAUUACAUUUCUGACUCCAAGGUCAUUGAAAAAUACUCCAAGACAGUUGAAGUAUUGAAAAAUGAUGUGAGAAAUUUGCUAACAGCUCCACAAACUAAAAUGAUAGACACCAUGAAUCUGAUCGACACACUCGAGCGCCUAGGCGUUUCGUAUCACUUUGAAAACGAGAUCGAAGAAAAAUUGCAACAAUUUUUCAAUCUCAAUACGAAUUAUCACGAUGAUGAAGCCUAUGAUUUGUACACCGUUGCUCUCCAUUUUCGAUUGUUCAGGCAGCACGGCCACCCUAUAUCAUCUGAAAUAUUUGGUAAAUGGAUUGAUGUAAUUAAUGGGAAAUUUCAAGAGAGUAUUAAGAGCGAUGCGAAAGGUUUGCUGAGUUUGUAUGAAGCUUCUUAUGUUCGAACGCGUGGAGAAGCCAUAUUAGAAGACGCACUUGCUUUUACCACGGUCACUCUCAAAUCACUGGUGCCAAACCUCGGAUCGCCACUGAAGAAGCAAGUUGAGCGUGCCCUCGUGCAGCCCUUGCACUUUGGGACUCCUAGAAUUGAAGCACGGAGUUACAUCGCGGUGUAUGAAGAAGAAGAGCACAAAAACGAAACCCUAAUCAAGUUGGCCAAAUUAGACUAUAACCUAUUGCAGAUGCUGCACAAAGAGGAGCUCCAGCAAGUCUCAAGGUGGUGGAGAGAAUUAGGGCUUAUGUCGAAACUUCCUUAUGCAAGAGAUAGGAUGGUGGAGUGUUACUUUUGGGCUAUGGCAAUGCACCAUGAGCCACAAUAUUCUCGUGCCCGUGCAACUCUCGCCAAGAGCACUGUGAUCGUAUCUGUGUUGGAUGACACGUACGAUGCUUAUGGCACGAUUGAGGAACUUGAGGUUUUCACCAAGGCAAUACAUAGGUGGGAUUAUGGAGAAAUCUCUGGACUCCCCGAGUACAUGAGACCUCUCUAUAAAGCUAUCUUGGAACUCUACAAUCCAUACGAGGAAGAAUUGGCUAAGGAAGGACGAUCCUAUGCAUCAUACUACGCCAUAGAAGGACUAAAGGAAUUGGUGAGGGGCUACUUUGAAGAAGCGAAGUGGUUCUUAGAGGGUAACUUGCCACCAUUUGAGGAAUACCUAAAGCUUGGUCAAAUUACGAGCACCUACGAUUAUCUGGUCCCCGCUUCUUUUAUGGGAAUAGGGUCUACUCGAAAGGAAGACUUCGAGUGGCUAAGCGAGAAGCCUAAAAUACUUGUUUCCACACUCAUAAUAGGUCGCUUACUUGAUGACAUUGGUUCUUAUGAGUUUGAGACGAAGAGAGGUCAACUUGCUAUUGGGAUUGAAAGCUACAUGAAAGAUAAUGGUGUUACAAAAGAAGAGGCGAUGGCCAAAUUCAUGGAAUUAUGCACGAAUGCAUGGAUAGAUAGCAACGAGGAGAUGCUAAGGCCGUCUUGUUACAAAUCUAGGGAUCUUCUUAUGCGUAUCCUAAACUUGAACCGCAUAACAUAUGUUACUUACAAAGACAAAGAAGAUGGAUACACUCAACCCGAAAAGGUUUUGAAGCCUCAUAUUGUUGGCAUGCUGGUCGAUGCAUUUGAUGUUUAGCCAAGUCGAAUCAUAUAUAGUACUCAAAAUAGUUGUACCAUGUAUUUGGUAUGUAAUUCUAUAUUGGUAUGUUCUAUCUUUACUUUGUUGUAGAGAGACUUUGAUGUACUUUUCUGUUGUUAGGCUAUCUCUACUUUAUUGAUCGAGACUUUGAUGUA